CUGGCGUAAGCAACCAAUCGCAGUGCCUUUUACAUCUUCAUUCAUUAUGCUCUACAUUCGCUAAGUUGGAGUGGGUGUCUGGUGUCGGUGGCACCCUUUCCAGCAGUUGUCUCUCUGAAGGAACUGGUGCGCUCUCUUUGCCUCUGCGCCAGCGCUCGGGGACUGAGAGGAUGAUGGCGGCUCCCUGUGUGGCCUUCACGCCGGUGCCAAGCGGAUCUCCUUGUUCGUGUCCGGGAGUGGCCUCUCUCGCCAGGUCAGUGGAGGUCAUGACCUGUAAUGAGGACCCCCGCAUCACUUCCACAACGGCAGAGACGGGACGCGACCUGAUCCUGGCGGCCUUAAGAGUGACGUCGAGUGACCACGGUCUGCCCACGCUGAGGGUCACCCCGGGGGACCUGGCCUACCUGGCGGAGGGGGCAGACCACAUGGUCGUCAGGCUCCUCGGAUUGGGACAAGUUCUCCGACUCCGCAAAACCGACGUCGGCUCGAGCACCAGCCGGGAAGACCUGAUCCUCCGGGCGAAGAAGGACGAGGAGUUCUUCAAGAACGUCGCCCGCCCUUUCCUGAGCCCGCUUCUGACCGACGAGUCACAUCUAGUCAUCGUGGAACCCGCGGCGCUCAUGGCCUUCAAGGAGACCGUCGAGGCGCGGAGACCAGGUCAGAGGUCAUGGGCUGGCAGAGACACGGCAGAAUGGCCAGUUGAUAGGCAUAUCGAUAGACAAAUUAAGAAACAGAUAAACCAGGUAGCUCUGCUGAUAGGUAUAUAACUAAAGAGAGUGAGGGAGAGAAAAGGAAAAAGACG